AUGCCGCGGUUCCGCGCGCUCUCCCGUUCCUUGCGCUUACUGAGCAGAGCGGUAUGUCCGGUUGUGGCCCCGGUACUCGGGUUGGGUCUCAGCCCCGGCUCAGCGCGGGGCUACAAUGUGAAGCGGCGGACUUACUGGCAGGUGCUGCAGAGGUGGCUCCGCGGAGCGCCGGCUCCGCCUUUCCGGCGGCCGUGCUUGGUCGGGGCGCCGGUGUUGCGCACUGUGGCGGCGGCUGUGUCCCCGGAGCAGGUUCGCGGGCCCGAAGUUCAGCGACUGGUGGCGGCACUAGUGGCCGCGCUGCGUCGGGCUGAUGCGGUGGGACUGAGCGCGCCGCAGCUCGGUGUCCCCCUUCGGGUGCUGGUGGUCGAGGUGCCCGAGCGCAUCGUACAGGACCAGCCGCCGCGUCUCCGCCUAGCCCGAGACAUGAAAGCCGUCCCGCUCCGGGUCCUAAUCAACCCGCAACUCCGCGUCCUGGACUCACGGACCGUCCUGUUGCCCGAGGCCUGUCACAGCGUUCCCGGCUUCUCCGCCUGUGUGGCCCGGCACCUCGCCGUCGAGGUUACAGGACUGGACGAGCACGGGGAGCCAGUGUGCUGGGAGGCGUCAGGUUGGACGUCGCGGAUUCUGCAGCAUGAGGUGGACCAUCUGAACGGGCAGCUCUUCAUCGACAGGAUGGACAGCAGAACCUUCCAGAACCUGUACUGGAUGGAGGAGCUGGAGUGAGGUGGCGGGUGGGUCAUGGACCUGGUCAUGGCAGAAUCCUGAUGACACCCCAAUGCACUAUGGCCAAUGGGAAAUGAGUGAAUUCAGCUCCUUAAAUCUGCCAAUACUGGGUCCUUUGGGUAAUGGAAGCCCUUGUAUAUAAUGUACACUUAUAGGAAUGUACAUGGGAAAAUAAACAUUUUUUAACCUU